AAUAGACAUGAUAGCGAGGUAGAUAAAUACACCAAAGGUUUGUCCUGCCGCUUUAUGCUGUUAAGAGGCAAAUUCAGAGCGAAAUUGUCUCAGUUCUACAAAUUUAAUGGAUUAGGAAGCUUUGGUCUUAUCGCCAAAGCAAGUUUCUCUGUUGUUGGUGGGUGAACUUGUUUAUAUUUCUUCUUCAGUGAUUUGAUUACGUAACUGGUUGCCUUAAGAACUUACGUAACUGGUUGCCUUUGUCGAGAACUUUUUCCCGAUUAUUAGAUUACGCUUAGCAUUUUUUCAGUUAGACAUAUAGGUAAGGAUAUUAAGUGAGCAACUUUGUAUUUAUGGAACAAACCUUGCAGCCUAAUUGCUUGCCUGGGCGAAAAUGUUAUAAUAACACAAAAUCGUAACACAUGUACUGGCGGUGACAAAUGCAACCACGAGCUUACGUAGGAAGAUUCAGUUAACAGCUGGACUUGAGGGCAUUUUAUUCACAAAAGAGUAACAAAACUUGUCAACGUAGAUUCUUGUUGCAUAGUGAUAUUUUAGAAAUUUGAGCAAGUAGUCACGUACGUGGGUAACAAUUAUCACUAUUGUAGAUCGUAUUGAAUAUGACGAAUCAUUUUUUUCUAUCUUUGAUAGUCUGCAAAAAAAAAAAAACGAUUAAUGCUUUAUCAAUCAGUGGGCUUUACUUUGAAAUAAGAUUGAUUCAGAUUUUGUCUUCAUGCCAAGUGUUUUUGUUAUUAUAUCACCCCAUGCAGUCUAGACGCCCUUGCCCUCUGUAGCAAUUAUAUUUGCACGCCUUUCAGCUCGUGCCUACAUAAGUUGUGUCACAGUGGAAAGGAGCCUUGUAGAGGACCCAUAACAGUUCUUCCUUGCCGGUCAGCUGUUAGCCUUUUUUCACUCUUGCACUUUUUCACAGACAUACAAAGCAAGCACUGAAGACAAAUGGCACACUUAAUAUUUUGAAUAUCAGCUUUGCUGUUAUUUUACUUAAAUUUUUUUUUCACAGUAAUUUGAUAUGCUAAGAAAGCACAGGCGAGAUGCGAUAAAAGCUUAGUUGCAACAUAUUUUUUUACUUGAUACACUCAGUAAACCCUUUGAUUCCCAUGAGUGACUGAGACAGAAUUUCUCCUUACAAUAUCAAUUCAAUCUCAAGCAGUUAUGUGAUGAGAAGAAAAAAAGACGGCAGUUAAGGGAUUUUUCAGUUGAACCAAUACCAAAUUCUCCAAACUUACAAUAUAAGAAUUGUAUGCCAAAUGGUAAGGAGAAUCACUGAUUAGAUCUUGGGAGGGAAGGAUUAAAAGUUUGUACAUUUUACCCUAUCUUGCUGGGCUAGUAGAUUACACUGUUUGAGUGAUGUACUCUGUCUGAAAUAUUUGAAACUGUGGUGCUAAAGCUUUUUAUCUCUUUUUUCCUUGAUUCAGUCAUCAUGGCAGCAGUUAUGGACACUGGCUUUGCAUCAUCACCAUCAAUGGCUUGUGAAGCAGACUGGAUGGGUUUGAAAGUCAAUCUGUUCGCUUUUGAUUUUGAUGGCACUUGUACUCAGAAGGACACGACUAGUCUCCUUUACAAGGCAUCAGAGAGGUAUCGAUCAUCUACUCAAGCCGAAAUGAAGAUUAUUGAUGAACGCUGGAUAGAAAUUGGAACCAUUUACUGGAAAGGCCACCAAGAAACUGUUUCAAGGUCAAUGGCUCUUCACACAGAUCCCAAUUCUUUGCCAUAUUUUAAUGAGAGAGGUUUGAGGUCAUUUCUUCAAGAGGUGAACAAAUAUAACAUGGCAAUGAUUAAGAAGGUAGAAGCAAGUGAAAUCCUCAAAGGUAUAUCUAAGGAAGGCAUCAAAGAAAUUGCAAAGGAAGUGAAGCUCAGUCCUGGAUGCCUGAACGUUCUCAAUCACAUCAACUUGCCGCUGCACCUAAUAUCAGUCAACUGGUGUCAGGAGUUAAUCCAGGCCAAUUUAGAUCAUCUCAGGCAUGUGAACAUUUUUGCAAACAGUUUCCCACUUGAAGAUGAAUUAUCAUCGGGCCAUGUGGGAAAGAAAGUGACAAGUCCUUUUGACAAGGAAACAAUAUUUCAGGAUUUGGUCCACAAGCUGUCUACUGACAGUUCAAAUGGCAUCUCAGUUUUUGUGGGUGAUUCCAUUGGAGAUAUACUGGCCAUGUUAAAAGCAGACGUUGGAAUCGUGGUUGGGAAGAGUCAUACCUUGAGGAAGGUGGCCAAAGCAUUUGGAAUCAAGCUCCUUCCUUUGCAGGAAAUUCAGAAGAUGACAGGGAAUGGAUGCCAGGAAUUUGCUACCCCAAAAGAGAGAGGAAUUCUGUUUGAGGCACCAUCAUGGAAUGAAAUUGGAUUCACUUUGUUUGGGACAAGAUACAUUCCAAAUAAGUUCUAGAAUGUCAAAUUAGAACCAUUCUUUUCCUUCAAAAGGAAAUGAAAGAGAUUGUAGGAGAUCCAUGCCACAGUUGAUUUACAACAGAAAUGAGCUUUAAAAGAUGUAUGUUACACUAUGUAGUGCACCAUAGGACAACAUGUUGACUUUAUUGUGAUUCAAUGGUAUUAGAUAGGGAUAAUUAGGAACAGUGUGGGACUGAUAUGCAAAGAAAGACAAACAAAUAUGGUUUUGACAAAGCCAACCUUACUUGUAGUUUCUUUUAGAGCAUAUAUUUUCUAUAAAGCCCCAACCUUUAUAAAAUGAAACUCAUAAAUAAGAUAUACAAUGUGAUUUUUCUUGCAUUAUCAAUACUCUAUUCAGAAAUAGAUGAUGCUAGUAGCCAUUGGCUGUCAUCUCAGUUUAGAAACAAAUUCUUCUAACUUAUUAAAAAGGAAAUGUAUGGCUGUUAGAGGGGAGAAUCUUGAAUUAGAUCAUAACAUUUAAAGGCUUAAAAUAGAACUACAACAGUGUCCUAAUUUGAAACAGUAUCUGAAGGUAAUGACUGGGCAAUUCAAAAGCUUUUUGUUUCUAAGAAGAGAUUUCCAAAUAGGCAUUGCUCUACAAGAUGACAUAAAAAACCCUAAUGGGUUUAGAAGACAUAAAAGUUUAAUCAACAAUGGGGUGGGGUAUUUCCUUUAUAAGGAGUAAGCUAUUCAUUAGAGAUUACUGCAGAUAUUUCAUGCGAGUUAACUGCAAUUAAAUUUGAUGAUUUGGAAGAAUUGGUGGGUGGUGAACAUGUACAUAGGUUAAUGAUAAAUAUGGUCAUUUAAUUCAUGGAUGAAAUUUAUUUUGUUGGUGUGAGAUUGAUGGGUGUUAAUUAGAUUAAAGAAGCAGAACAAGAUAUUAACAGUGAAUUUGCCAUUCUAUUGAACAAUAUUGGAUGCCUUCUGACCAUUAUUACAACUGUGAUAUUGUAUAACACUGCAAAAUGUGAAACAUCCAAAGAAAAUUUUUGAAUUUGAUUUGCUCAACUUCUUAUUGGGUAUAAUUAACAGCUAUUCACCAAAGCAGAGGUGGCUAGUGAUGGAUAUUAAUUGAGCCACAAAUUAGCUAUGUUAUUGUCCACUUCCAGCCACUGUCAUGGUUGAAUAGUUGGUUUAGUAUAUACUAAUACAGUGAGAUAACAUAGCACAAAAAGAUGAUUUUACCUUGUAUAUUCCUAUAAUGAUAACACAGCACAAAAAGAUGAUUUUACUUUGUUUAUUCCUAUAAUGAUUACAACAUUUUUGAGCACAAAUCUCAUGCAUAUUACUUGGAGGUGAAUAGCAAAGGAUAAGUAGCCAAUCAGAGCACACCUUCAUUGCAAUUCACUGUUUAAGUAUAAACUAAUUUCUAAAAGCAAAUUCAAUGGCAGAUCUCUCCCU